AGCUGUGCCUUCCUUCACACUCAGGGACAGCAGAACCUGUGCAGCUAACUCUAAGUUCUGAAUGAUCUCCCAUAUACAGGGAACUGCUUUACAAAACCAGAACUGAUCUUCACACUGGAACAAGGAGGAGAUCCAUGGUUAUUAGAGAAAGAGAAAGAAUUUCUAAACAGGAGCUCCUUUGAGGACUCCCAGCCUAAUGAACUCUCAGAGAAGAGCCCAGAAAACAAAGGAAAACGUUUGUGGCAAGUUUUAUUCACCAACAAAUCAUUGACUACACAGCAAGAAAUUUCAGGAAAACCAUGUAAUCUGGAUAUAAAUGUUUUUCCUGCAAGAAUGAUGCCCUGUAAAUGUGACGCUGCAGGGCCUACUUACCUGGUUCUCAGCCCAUGGGCCCCACACUGUCAAUAUUCAAGAGAAAAUUGUGAGCUUAACUUAUGCGAGAAGUGGUUCCUCAGUAUUGAGCAUGGCAGAACUAAUACUGGAGAGAAAUCUUUUGUUUUUAGUAAAAAUAUGAAAGUUCUUGGUCAUGAGAAAGUUAUGCAACAUCAGACAAUUCAGACUUUGGGGCAAGCUCUUGAAUAUAAUGAAAAAGGAAAAGCUUUCCUUGAAAAGGCUGCCCUCAUUACAUCUAAGAGUACCCACCAAGAAGAGAAAUCUUAUAAGUUCACUAAAUUUGGGGAAAACCAAUGUGAUAAAUCAACAUAUGUCACCACUCAGAGCAUUCAUCCAGAGGAGAAGGGUCAAUGUGAGUUUAAUGAACAUGGAAAUAGUUUUAGUAGGACCACUCAAAAAACUGACACAGUAGGGAAAAUUUUCAGCCAAAAAUCACACAUUAGAGAACAUCAGAGAAUUUGCGUAGGUGUGAAACAAUUCGAAUGUGGAAAAAAUUUGAGUUGUAAUUCAGCCUUCCAUGUACAUCAGAGAAUUCACACAACAGAUAAAUCCUCUGCUAAUAACACAUGUACAGAGACAUCCAGCUGUCAGUCAACUUUUAAUGCGCAUCAAAGAAUUCACAUAAGGGAGAAACCCUAUGAAUGUAAUGCAUGUGGAAAAUCCUGUGCUAUGAACUCACACCUGACGCGACCUCAGAAAAGUCUCACAGGGAAGAAACCCUAUGAGUGUCGUGAAUGUGGGAAAGCUUUCAGUGAGAAGUCACGCCUAAGAAAACAUCAGAGAACUCACACAGGAGAGAAACCGUAUAAAUGUGAUGGAUGUGAGAAAGCUUUCAGCGCUAAGUCAGGUCUACGGAUACAUCAGAGAACUCACACAGGGGAGAAGCCCUUUGAAUGUAAUGAAUGUGGGAAAUGUUUCAACUAUAAGUCAAUCCUCAUAGUACAUCAGAGAACGCACACAGGCGAGAAACCUUUUGCAUGUAAUGAAUGUGGGAAAUCUUUCAGCCAUAUGUCAGGCCUACGGAAUCAUCGGAGAACUCACACAGGGGAAAGACCAUAUAAAUGUGAUGAAUGUGGGAAAGCUUUCAAACUGAAGUCAGGCCUAAGAAAACAUCAUAGAACACAUACAGGGGAGAAGCCCUACAAAUGUAAUCAGUGUGGAAAAGCUUUUGGUCAGAAAUCACAACUCAGAGGACAUCAUAGAAUUCACACAGGGGAGAAACCCUAUAAAUGUAAUCAUUGUGGGGAAGCUUUUAGUCAGAAAUCAAACCUCAGAGUACACUGCAGAACACAUACUGGGGAGAAACCCUAUAAAUGUGACGAGUGUGGAAAAACUUUCAGGCAGAAAUCAAAUCUCAGAGGGCAUCAGAGAACUCACACAGGGGAGAAACCCUAUGAAUGUAAUGAAUGUGGAAAAGCUUUCAGUGAGAAGUCAGUCCUAAGAAAGCAUCAGCGAACUCACACCGGGGAGAAACCUUAUAAUUGCAGUCAGUGUGGGGAAGCUUUCAGUCAGAAAUCAAACCUCAGAGUACAUCAGAGAACUCACACGGGGGAGAAACCUUAUAAAUGUGAUAAGUGUGGGAAAACUUUCAGCCAGAAAUCAAGCCUUAGAGAACAUCAGAAAACCCACACAGGCGAGUAAGUAUAUUAACAUAAGGAAUAUGGGGAAACUUUGAACCAGAAAUCAAACCUCAUGAUACAUAAUAGAGUGCAUUCUGAGAUAAAACCCUAUAAAUGUAAUGAAUGCGGGAAAUCCUUCUGUCAGAAAGGACAUCUCAUUCAACAUCAGAGAACUCACACAGGAGAGAAACCAUUUGAAUGUAAUGAAUGUGGAAAGACUUUCUCCCAGAAGUCACACCUCAGUACACAUCAGAGAAUUCAUACAGCAGAGAAACCCUAUAGAUGUAAUGAAUGUGGGAAAACUUUUGUCCAGAAGUCAACUCUCAGGGGACAUCAGAGAAUUCACACAGGAGAGAAACCCUAUGAAUGUAGUGAAUGUGGGAAAACUUUUGUUCAGAAAUCAACCCUCAGAGAUCAUCAUAGAAUUCACACAGGGGAGAAAUCCUUUCAAUGUAAUGAAUGUGGAAAGACUUUUGGCCAGAAGUCAAACCUCAGAAUACAUCAGAGAACUCAUAGUGGGGAGAAAACUUAUCAAUGUAAUGAAUGUGAAAAAUCCUUCUGGCGAAAAGACCAUCUCAUUCAACAUCAGAAAACUCACACAGGAGAAAAACCAUUUAAAUGUAAUGAAUGUGGGAAAACUUUUGCCCGGACAUCAACCCUCAGAGUGCAUCAAAGAAUUCACACUGGGGAGAAACCAUUUAAAUGUAAUGAAUGUGGGAAAAAUUUUGUCCGGAAAGCAAUCCUUAGUGAUCAUCAGAGAAUUCAUACAGGGGAGAAACCCUUUCAGUGCAAUAAAUGUGGGAAAACUUUUGGCCAGAAAUCAAACCUCAGAAUACAUCAGAGAACUCACAGUGGGGAGAAAACUUAUGAAUGCAAUGAAUAUGGGAAGUUGUUUGUCCAAAAGGCAAUCCUCAGGGUAUAUCAAAGAAUUCACACAGGCUUCUGUUUCGUUCAAGGAACUAUGGAAAGUCCUUUUGAAUGAAGUCAUACCCCAUUAGAUAACUCA